AUGCCUCCAACGGAUCUUAUGAAGAAAUCACCUACUGCUACUACCACUAACUCGCCCGUAAAUGUCAAGCUUCUACUAAUCGGGAACGCUUCAGUAGGGAAAAGUAGUUUGCUUCUACGCUUCUCGGACGAGCAAUGGCUCCCUGAGGACGAAGCGAGUGCAACGAUAGGCGUUGAUUUCCGUGUGCACAAGAUGGAGGUCAACGGACGGAAAGUGAAACUCAGUAUAUGGGAUACAGCUGGCCAAGAACGAUUCCGUACGAUCACAUCCUCAUACUACCGUGGUGCUCAAGGGAUCGUACUUGUGUAUGAUGUAGCAAACCGCGAGACGUUCGAAGCGCUUCCGAAAUGGUUUUCAGAAAUCGACACCUAUGUCUCAAUCACAGUGCCGAAGAUCAUUGUUGGAAACAAGGUCGAUAAGGAAAACUCUCGACAAGUGUCCACGGACGAAGGUUCCACUUUUGCCUCUCGUCAGAAUGCCCUCUUCGUUGAGGCCUCUGCAAAGACGGCUAUAGGGGUACGCGAGGUAUUCGAGGAGCUAGUGGCACGGAUUCUUGAGACCCCAGAACUAUGGGCACCUGUUGCACCGGAAGCUGGUGUAAGUUUUGGGAAGCGGGGUGAGGAGGACGGGAUGCCGGGAACGAUCAAUAUAGGGCGUGACACGACUGCACAGGACGACGGGAGCUGCGGAUGCUAG